UUCCGGAUAACUUCCGUGUUGUCAUAUUUGAAAUUUGGGCAUUCAAAAGGGAUUAAUACUCGCUAGUAUUAAUGUUUGCUAAGUCCGUAAACUACAUGGAAGGGAUAUGGACGUGGAGAAACGUUAAACAUAGAAAAAUAGCCAACGUAGCUCUCAGUCCUGCCUGCUAAUCACUCCGUGGCUGGUGAUGGAGAAGCUAAUAUCUAAACUCACUGAAAAGCAUAUCCUUUUCACGGCUUCUUUCGUUAUAAGACUGGCUUUGGUCGCUUAUGGAGACUACCAGGACAGGACAAUGGCGGUGAAGUACACUGACAUUGACUACCAUGUGUUCACAGAUGCUGCGAGGUUCAUUACUGAGGGCGAGUCCCCAUACAACAGGUCAACCUACCGUUACACUCCUCUGCUGGCCUGGCUUCUCACCCCAAACAUCUAUCUUAACAUGGUUUUUGGAAAAAUCCUCUUCAUUGUAUGCGAUGUGCUGUCAGGACUGCUCAUCUACAAAGUCCUCUGCCUGCGAGGUCUAAGAGCUGAGACUGCACGCUGUGUUUCUUCUUUGUGGCUUCUCAACCCGUUGCCCAUGGGAGUGUCCAGCCGAGGGAAUGCCGAGUCAAUCCUGGCAGCUCUGGUGCUGGGGACUCUGCUCUGCAUGGAAGGCAAAGCUCAGCGUCUGACACGGGCAGCACUGCUGUAUGGUUUAUCGGUUCAUAUGAAGAUCUACCCUGUUACGUAUGCUCUGCCCAUUGCCCUGACCCUUCACACAGCUGAAAACAGGGUAGAUGAAGCCAAAAACGUUUCAAGAUUCAAGAAGCUUGUCGGCUUUUUUGUUGGUUUCUUCAACCGAGAUCUGCUCCUAUUUGCAAGUGUGGCUGGCGGAGUCUUCUUUACACUCACAGCGCUCUUCUAUUACAUGUAUGGUUGGCAGUUUCUUUAUGAGACCUAUUUGUACCAUCUGACCAGAAGGGACAUCAGACACAACUUCUCUCCAUACUUCUACAUGCUCUACCUUACUGCAGAGAGUACGUGGAGCCAGUGGCUAGGCUUGGCAGCAUUCCUGCCGCAGUUCGCCCUGCUGUUGGUCACAUCAUGGAUGUAUUACAAAGACCUGGCCUUCUGCUGUUUCCUGCACACAGCCAUUUUUGUUACCUUCAACAAAGUGUGCACUUCACAGUACUUUCUCUGGUACCUGUGCUUACUUCCUCUGGUCAUCCCUAACCUGAGUCUGACAGUAAAACAAGGGUUGGGACUACUGCUCCUCUGGUUUGCUGGACAGGCCAUCUGGUUGGGCCCAGCCUACUUCCUGGAGUUUGAAGGCUACAACACCUUCUUAUGGAUCUGGCUAGCCGGAUUGCUCUUCCAGGUCGUCAACUGCUUUAUUCUGAUCCAGAUUGUAACUCAUUACAAACCAACAAAAACUCCACUGAGACUGAAAGCUGAAUAAAACCCAAAUGUAUUCAAAGUGGAAGAAAUUUUCUCUUUGAAACUUCAAAGGAUGCUCUUUCAGAUCAUGCAGUGUGGAUCCAUGUAGACCAAAUUUUAAUCUCCCCAGACUUUAAUUACUUUCUCUAAUAAUUUAAAUCACUUUAGCAAAGAACACUACGUUUUCUGAGCGACACAGGCUCAGGUGGAUUUUCAGUUUUUCUGAGUUAAACCUGUGGAUUACAUGCUCGCCACUGCCGGUCAAAACACUUAAAUCCACAGUGUAUGACACGUAGUAGAAACUGACUGUUGCCCAGGUUUUUUUGGAUGGUAACUUUGAAGUCUGCUCCACCUGUGGCCAAGUCAUUUGUCAAAAGUUUGCUGACGGGGCAAAACACCUGCUGCAGAUCAGAGAUCAUAAACAGCUCUGGGUCAAAGUAUUUAACGCACCCCUUGGGGAUUUUAUUUUUUUUGGGUGGCAUUUUGACCUCGUGGUGACGGAAAGCAUUUUCUAACUCCACAGGGAGAAAUAAUCCAAUUGUAUGCUGCUAGGAAUCAAGAAGCCUUCAGUCUGAGUGUCUCACUUUCAUGUUGACAUUAUUGUUGGUACUUUCAGCAGUUGAACUAUGGAUUAGAUUGCACCGAGGAGAAUUACCGUUACAAAAUCCAGCAAAAUCUGUCCUAAAUUGUGUCGUGUUUUUUGUCCUGACCGGUGUAAAUUGAGGCUGACCUGCACAUUAAUCUGAUAGGUAGGAGAUAGUUUCUUGGUUUGAGGGAGAAUAUGUUAAAUAGUUCUACUGUUAGAGACUGUAAACAAAUGCACUGUUGUCUUUAUGUCUAUUUUUUACAGUUUCACAAA